AGCCUGAGUCUGUACUUGCCUGGGGUGAUGUGAUUCUGGCUAUAUUGGCAGUUACUUGUUAUUUACCAUUGCCUGGGCAGAGAAGCCUGAAUAUGGAAGAAAAAAAACCAAUUUUCAAGCAUUGAUUUGAAAUGUUUCUUAUGAAUCUAAAAGAUGUCUAGGAAAAGUCACAGAAAUGGUUAUCUAUUAUGUAGGCUGGCCUUUUGAACAGAACUUAGAUCUGACUUUAGCUUUUGUUAACGUCUAUACACAAUCACAUAGUUCACAAGCUCAUCUGUAGGAGGCCAAAUUUAGUUGUAGCUUUAGCUUAUUUUUGCUUGAAGUACCACGUAGCUGUCUUACUGACAUUAAUGGUUGAAAUAUUUAAUUUGAACUCUCCUGUACCUAAUUGUACACUUCCAUACAGUCAUCAGUCUAUACAUGUAUGAAUGAGUCCUGCUUUUCUGCUCUGCUGUAUAAAGACCCCCUGUGUGCAGACAUGGAAGUUGAACUAAUGUACUCAUUUGUUGAAUUGUCUGUAAAUAAAGCAGUGUUUGAUUAGCAGGGGCUUUCUAGUAAGCUAUGCUUUUUUGGGUGGGUUAGUAGUGGUCCUAAAUAUUUGCAUUAGGAACAUCUGUAAAAUGUGUUUGUGGUGUGCUUGGGCUUAAUUAUAGAGAUGUUAUUGCCUUCUUGUGCCUACGUGAGGAACCUGUCCAAAGGACAAGUUGGUUUUCACAAAAGACUGCUUUAAAACAUUGCAUGUGAGCCAUAUUCAUAUUCAAGCGAGCACCUGAAGGGAUUUGGUAGUGAUGUUUAUCACUUUCUUGUGGGAAUGUGUCCCUUGAAUCUGCAGUCACUCAGAAGAGACCCCUGGCUGACACCGAGUGAUCAGUCCGUUCCUAAUGCAAAGUACUGGCAGGUAAAACUGCAGUGCUCUGUCUGCAGAGUGCAGCCUUUCUAAUAGCUAGUUGAAAGAGUUGUUUGUGGAACUCAAUCAGCUUAGUUCCAGCUCUUACGUGGGAGAGAGGACAUCUGUUAUUUUCACAGGAUUUCCUUCCCGUGCCUACGUAAAUGCUACUCAAUUUUGCAAGACUGUUCUGAGAAGGAUCAUCUGAAAAUCAAAGCUGAUGCCCAUGUUGAAUUUAUUUUUUUACCAGGCUGAUGUUCUUUAGCACAAAAGAAUUCCAUCCUGUUGCUGUGCCAGGAGCCUCAUCAUAAAAAUUUAACUUUGCUUGUGGUAGUCCUACUAAUUAACACCUGGGUUCUCUGGGAAUGGGUCGGUAGGUAAGACUGGGUGUGUUCUGUUGACAGCCACUACCUUCACUUGCCUCAGGUAUUGCAAUCUGGCAACAUCUGUUUCACUAGCAGAAAGGAUUACACCUACGUGCCUCCUCCUUGCUGUGUUAAUUGGUUUUUAUCCCUUUUAAUACAUCAGAUUUGUGUUGCUAACCUCGUCUGAGAUUUUCUCCACUGGAGUUGCUUUUCUGUCACCAGCUAAAAUAGGGAUGGCACAGUAUGAUAUUUUCUGUGUAACUUGAGGCAAGUAUCUGCUGCAAGAUUUUAUUGGAUGCUUCUUUGGCAGCUGGAACUGCUUUCUCUUCCCAAAGCAACAUCCUGAUUUCAGGAUUUCAGAAAGAAAAAGAACGCUCUGCAGUAGGUUUAACUGACAGAACAAGCUCUGUAGUGUAUCUGCCUGAAGAACCUUAUACUCCUAUCAGUAUCUGUCACCCUUUAUAUCUGUGGCUGUCUGUUGAACACAAAAGACUUUUCUUCCCCCCAGUAGCAUUGCCUUAGCUUUCAAUCAUUACUUAUAACACUUAACAGCUCUAAUCCACAUCAGUGUUGAAGAAGAUAUUGGAUUUUGUGUAAACAAAAAUCUUUGUAUGAUGAAAUCAAGUUGAGGCUGAGCCUGGGAUGAAAUGCUCACAUUGUUCAGAAAGAAAGAAAGUGGGAAUUAAUGUUACAAUGUUUGAAGCUUUGUAGGUAGGAGCAAAAGUCAAGACAGGCAUCACUUAGCAACGUCUCAUUGAUGUCACUGCUUAUAAUUUGACUACAUUAACAAAUAUGCUGGAUUGUUACAGGCUGCUCUGAAGAUCGUGUGUGUUCUUAUACUGCGAUAAAUCCAUAUUUCAUACUAACAAAUGAUAUCUCAUCCACUAGAUGGCUCUGUUGGUAAUGAAAUAUGGGAAACCAGAACCCUCUGGAAGGAAAAAAUGUAAUGAACAUAACUUCUGGUGUAAACUCCAUCAGCACAGUGCUCUUAAAAGCUCUAGCAUGAAAAUACUGAGCUUAUUUUCUUUUCUCUUCAGUGCUUCCCUGAGUGCUGGCUUCAUAGUCACCCAGGUUAUUUUGGUUUGGUUCUGUGUUUCCUUCACACUUGGCUAACUAGGUAUGUGCACUUUGGUAGGUGGUACAGAGUCCAAUUCAAGUCAUCUGUUUCUCUGGGAUGGUGGAUGCUGGGGAUAGAUAUGGACUGUUACUGGGCUGAGGCCUUGACGUGAAUUUAUCCCUUUGAUUUAAUCAGUGUAGAUGCCUUUGAAGUACUCACGUGGGACAGAGAAGCUACACUGCUGCCAGGUAGAAGUUCACCUGUUGUUCCCAAGUGAAAAUUGAGAUUGUACUCCUGUACAAAAACAGAGAACACUGAUAAUAGCAGCAAAGAGUUGAACGGUUGGAGAAGGUAAUCAUUUGAAGAAAUAGCUUUGCACUGUGGGACUUUUCCUCACUCACCAGAUGCUUUCAUCCCUCACAUGUGCCCUUCUCCUCUCCAGGUGUGUCUAAAUUCCAUUUGAUCCCAAAGCUAUACUUGGCUUCCCUUCAUUUUCUAAGGAAACUCUGCAAAAUAUGUCUGAGAGGUAUUGUGUCAUGAAUGAGAGACUGAGAAGGGAUGUUCUGUAAAUGAGAUAAACGGCAAGCUGUAGUUUCUCUUCUUUCAGUCUGAUUACAUGCCACAUUGUAAGAGCCCCAUUCUCUAGGGUAACAAAACUUGUUUAAUACUGCCUCUCAGAACUGUGGGAGAAGCAGCAGCCUCUUAAUCUCUUCCCUGUGCCAGUGAAAGGGUGCAGCAAAGGGAUGUGACCCCUAGAUGUCCAAUGCCUGCCAGAAGACCUCUUCUAGAAGGGCUGAAUGGAGUAGAAGAUGUGAAUUUCUGGUGCUGGUAGCCUGGGUAACUCUACUGUCUUUAUCUCAUUGCUACUUAAAGCUUCAUAGUGAGCUUUCAUUAAAGUAGAGGUGUCCAAUUUUUUUUUUGGCAUUGUAAUGUGAAAAAGGUUGGAAGGUUCUCAUCCCAGCGGAGCAAUGAUUUGGUAAUUCAGCAAAGAUGGAGUUCUGCAAACAAGUAUCAAGAAUUUGGUUGCUCGUUUCUCAACCCUGGGCUAAAAUGGAGAAAGGGUUCUUCCCGAGUUCUUUGAUGCUUCUAUGCUCACAAAAGCAAAAAAUAAGAUCUGGAUUUGUGCAUUUUUGCAUUUCAGCUGAUUUCACACGGUGAGGGCUGGUCCUUCCCCUUUCAGUAGGUUAGAUAAUGCUAACCUGAUGGGGCCAUUCUGCUCUCUGUGUCUCUUUGGGAGGAAAUAUAGAUCCACUGCACUGAAAACCUUGAGCUGCUUUGCCUUGAAUUGCCUUGAAACAGAUUGUGCUGUGUGUGCUGUAGAUUGCUUUGCAAGUAAGGUGAUAUUUUCCCCACCUCCUAAUCUGCUCAUGGAUAGAUCACACCUGUGGAUAGAAGGGCUACCGUAUGAUUACAGCACGCUGGUGUCUGAGCUGCCAAAGCUACACUUGUCUGCAAAUAUACAGCCAGAUCAAGUUGCAUUUUAACUGCUUCAGGCGUCCUGUUUUUGCCUGGUCCUGUAAUAAUGCUUUCUUACAGUGUCCAGAAUACUUUAGAGGUAAACAAACAGGGAAAUGCUGCCUUCCUCUACUCAUUCUAGCUGUUCUUCAAAGACUAGAGUGUAGAAUUAUUGAACUCCGUGUGGAGACUGGUGUACUAUAUGGCCAGGAAGUUUGAGGUGUUUUUACUCCCCCCUAAUUUAGACUUUUAAUGGGAAAAGUAUUUUGGUUUUGUGUGUGAAUCGGUUGUUCCUAUUAGGCUAUUAUUCCUGGCAUGGGGCUAGUCAUUGCAUAAGCAAGCAUUGUGCAGUCCCCUGCUGCUCAGCAGAGACUGUCAAAUAGGAGCCUAUGAAAAGUGGAGGUCUUCCAGCAUCAUUAAUUCAGGGGAGAGAGUUGUAGCCCUGGCAAGGAAACAGACUGUAUCCAGAAGAUGUGUAGUUAUGCUGGGAGAAAUGAAAAGAAUGGCAGAAAAAAGCACUACUAUUGUAGGGGUUUUUUUGGUUGGUUGGUGUUUUUUUUUUGCCUGGAGACUGAAAAUCUGUUUUCUGGUAGGGGGCUUGCUCUGUUUCCAGUUCAGUGGAGAGAUGUUACUGUGUCCACUCCACAACAAGCAGUGGUUUGCUCUGAAGCAAAACUGCUUACGAUUUGACCCACAGUGCUAAAAUGUUGAUGGAGAGUGGAACAGAGAACAGUGGGAAUGUCAACAGCUCUGGGCUGCAAGGGGAGGCAAAGGGAAUGCCUGAAUCUGUGGGGAGACGGCGUGGUUUGUGAAAGUGGCCCUUUAGCUUCUUCAUGGUUCCAUGCUGUGAAGUGCCUGACCACACACAGGCUUUCAUGUUGUUGUUAUGUUGUUUUUGUUGCUUUGUUUUUUUUUUUUUAAGCAAAACUGUUACAGGCAAUAAAGAGACUGUCACCUUGCAUUUCACAAGGGGAGAUGGAGAUCCAAGCGCAGAGAGGUUCAGUGUCCCUGGAUCUCAGGGACAAAGUGUGCAGAGGCCCACUGAAUGCUCUGACUGCUGGAUUAUCCCUACAAGGUGCAUCUCCAGAACUCUAAUGCAGAAGUGAUGGUCUCUGAACACUCUUGCAUCAGUCUGCUAUUGAACUGUAAGCUGCUCCAUAGUGCUUACUGGACUUGACACUUCUCAGGAUAUUCAGGUUGCUCUGCCUGUAUUCUGAAGGCUUAUAGCUAGGUUGCUGGUCAAGACAACCAUAUUUCUUGCCUCGCAAGGUAGGUAAAUCACUGAUCAAAUAUUCUUGGAUACUGUGCUGAGAGCACCUUGCAGUUUGCUUUGUCCAGGUACAAACAGAGAUGAUGAUUAGAAGACUAUUCUUAUUCAUAACCCUCCUUUCAAGAGAUUUGGUUCUGUUUCCUGGGGGGGAAGGAAGCCUCUUUCUCCGCCCCACUGGGCAGAAGAGAACAGACCUCAGCAACAGAAAUGUGCAUUGGCUUUGUUUUCCUAUUUUGAAUGUGUGAAUGCAAUUAACAUCUGUAAUAAUCAAGGAACAGAUUUGUUGUUUCUGGUAGGAGCCACCAGGGCUGUGUAUUUGGGCUUUUUGAGGAGAGGGAAGGUCCGGGGGGGCUGGCAGUACUGCUGGCCCUCAGCAGACACACUGUGCAGCUGAGAAUGUGACAAUGCAUAAACUCGUGUGGUGGCAUUUUGAGUUGCUCACUGACGUUUUUACAGCCCUCUAAAAUCUGAAGUAGAUGGCAAGAUGAAUAGGCUUUUGUUUUAGCUUUUUUCUUCCUCUGACUUCCUCCACCUGAGGGACAGAAAUGAACUGUGGAGACUUUGACUCUUCUGUAACUAAAAAAAAGGCAUUGCUGUUCGCUGCUUCACAAUUGAAUAAACUCCUUUCUACAUCUCAAAUAUCUCUAAAAUAGCUCUACAACAGGCUUAUUUUUUUUUUUUUUGCCUCCUUCACAGAGCUCAGUUAUCAGCCAAUAUCAAAGCUCUUUGAAGAGCACUGUAAAAAGCUGCCCCUCAGAGGCCCCUCCAGAGCCAGGGAGGAGUGCAUCAUCUUGGCUGCAGCCCUCACCUUUUGCUUUUGAGGACAGCUUGGCUGCUGCUCUGUGGUUUGGGGAAAGCGAGAGUGAAUGCACGCAGAGGAAAUGCUGCUUUCUCCUUUUCUCUGGGUAUUCGUUAGGAUGAGCUCCCUUUGUUUUACCUUCUUGCUGCAAACUUUUUCUAGUUAAUAAGCCCCAUUUGACACAGAGUAAGUGGGUGAAGCUCUAGGGAGCUCAUUAGAGGUAUUCAUAUCAGAAUUUGACUGCGAAUACACGAAGUCUAAUCCUAACCCUAGGCUGAGAUUUGUGUCGCAGGAUGUGCUGAAGCCUCUGGCUAGGGCUGUGCGCAGGGAGGGCUCUGGCAGCCCUCACUUCUCUCUUUGCUUUCAGUGUUUCCACUGCCUCUAUUUCAGACACGGAUGCAGCCAGCCCUACCCCUGUGCUGAUGCUGAAACUAGAAUGGCAAAACACCUACCCUGUUUUCUCUGCAGUGGGUCAAUGUGCUUAGAGAGAGGCUGUGUGUGCGAGGCCUGGGUUUGUUUCUGCUUGGUGAGGGAUGGCAGGAACAGCAGAUAAGAGCCUGGUUUGCACAGGGCAAUCCUCCACAAAAUACUCCAUAUCAGAGGUGAGGGAUGGACGUGGCCAGGGCUGAGACCCAGAGGAGGGCAGCUUGCUGCUGGAGACCCAGCAUCUGGGGGUCUGGUGGCAUGUCAGAAUCAUUCCUUGGUAUCCUCCAUCUCAUUGCCUUUCAACUGUAGCUUUUGAAAAACAAAACCAUCUGCCCAAAAAAGUUGGUAAAAUGUGCAGUUGGUUCUGACACCAGCACAUACAUCCUCUCUAGCCCUGUCUGCUAGUUCCAGCCAGGGUUCCUGGGCUGGGCCCUGCUAAUCCUGGAGUUAUCUCUGCUGAGUGAACCUGGGGCUCUGCAGAAUAAAGGAAGAGGUUAUCAGUUGCAAGAGAGUUCAAAUAAAGGCAUGCACACCAAACUUGGCUCUACAAACCAAAAGACUUCGGGAGCAAGAACAAAGCUCCACUCAGCUGUCUGACGUGGAGACCCAUGGGCUGCUGCUGGUACAGGGAAAUGGUUUUUUCUGUGGCUACAUUCAUGCUUAUUGAGACUCAUUAUGUUUCACAGGAGUUGUGCUUAUUGAAUGAAACCUGUGUAGUUGCUAGAUAGCUUUCCUAAUGCUUCCCAUCGUUGUAACCAACCUGGGCAUAUUGCCUCAAAAAAUGGGCAGGGAGGAAUAAUCCUCACUAAGUGCAGGAAGUAUCUGCUGGUGGACAGGAUGAUCUGUCUCUAAAGGCAAAUGCUGAAGGCUCUUUUGCUUGCUUUCGUAAGAGGAAACAAUGUGAACUUUGGUAAAGUUGUCAGCAACUGUCCUCUAAGGAGCCUGUCAGGCUUCCCAAAGAGUGCAAACUCUGUUACUGUCCGAGCACUCAUCAUGAGAAGUGAAUUAUAGAUUGAAAAAAGAGCUUAGUCAGCGAGGGAAGGAAAGCCCUUGACAGAUUCUGAAGUGUUUGAAAUCAAACUAGGUCAGACAAGCCCAUGCUUCCAGCUGUGUUUGCAUCCUCACCUCGACAAAACAAUUUCAGUUACUGGAUGGAGUCGCAGGGAGGCAGGAGGCUCAUGAUGGCCCCUCUGCUGAGCAUCUCGCUACCUGGAGCAUCCUAAGCAGGGGAGGAAAGAGAGAGCACAAGGAGGGGGACGAAUUGAGCUGUAACAAGAGAGGCAGGCAGUCACCUCUGAAAGUGGCACACCCUUUCCCAGUAACGGGAGCGGCCGCUUGGGAAACUAUUUUGCCUUCUGCAAGACAAUCUCAUGCCCCCAAAUGCAGUCUUUGCCAUAGAAAUUACUCCACAAAUCCAGAGGUCUUCCCCCCAUCACUUUCCCUCAACCCAAUGGCUGCUGGAAGAAAUGGUUGACUCCGACAGGUCUUCCAGUGAAGCCCAGCCUGGGGACCAGCUUUGCUUGUUCUGCACGGCUGCAGCACAGUCAGUCCCUGGGAGCGACGGGCACAGGGGGAUGUGCAGUUUCCUUGGACAAGGCUGGAGCACCACAGGAGCUGCCAUGGCAGGUAAGAAACAGACCCUUGCCUGGGACGUGUUAACCAGCGACUCCUGAGAGCGAUACUGCUCAGAAAGAUGAAGAGGCGCUAUGUGGUGACCGGGGUCCUGACUGCAGUCCUGCUGGGGCUCAUCUUGUUCCUGGCACUCUUCUUCGGGCUGCGCUCCAACUCAAAGGACACACACAUCUACAAGAGGGCAGCUGUGGCUACGGAUGCAGGGCCAUGCUCAGUAAUUGGAAGGGACAUCCUUCAGCAAGGCGGAUCUGCUGUGGACGCUGCUAUUGCAGCUCUGCUCUGCGUUGGACUCAUGAACGCUCACAGCAUGGGCAUUGGAGGAGGGCUCUUCUUUACCAUCUACGACAGCACAGGAAAAGUGGAAAUCAUUAAUGCAAGAGAGGUGGCUCCUAAAAGAGCAUCAGAGAACAUGUUUGGGAGCAACACACAGAGCUCUGCGAAAGGAGGACUUUCCAUUGCUGUUCCAGGAGAAAUCCGUGGCUAUGAACUGGCACACAAACGUCAUGGCAAACUACCAUGGAAGGACUUGUUUCUGCCCAGUGUCAAGUUGGCAAGAGAAGGAUUCCCUAUUGGGAAAGGCCUUGCAUCAGCCAUGAAAUCAAAGCAACAGUCAAUUGAAAGCAAUCCUUCACUAUGUGAAGUGUUCUGCAGAGAUGGGAAAAUCCUGCAUGAGGGCGAUAUCAUCAAGAUGCCUAAACUAGCCAACACAUACCAGACUAUAGCCGAUGAAGGAGCAGAUGCCUUUUACACAGGAAGCCUGGCAGCACAGAUCAUUGCUGACAUCCAGAGUGUAGGGGGCAUUAUCACGCUGGAAGACCUGCGGGACUACACAGCAACGGUGAUGGAAGACCCUAUAGAGGUCAAGCUUGGAAAUUACAUCCUCUACACACCUACUGCCCCCCUGAGUGGCCCAGUGCUAGCCCUCAUUUUCAACAUACUGAAAGGAUAUAAUUUCUCUGCUGACAGCAUCAAAACUGUGAAGGAGAAAGGUCUGACUUACCACCGCAUCGCAGAGGCCUUUCGCUUUGCCUACGCCAAGAGGACUUUGCUGGGAGAUCCAAAGUUUGUCAACAUUACAGAGGCAAUCAGAAACAUGACGUCUGAGUUCUUUGCGGAUAGUCUCCGAAGGAAAAUCACAGACAACACCUCCCAUCCAAUUGAAUACUACGAGCCAGAAUAUUACACUACAGAUAGUGCCGGCACAUCUCACCUCUCCAUUGUGGCUGAUGAUGGCAGUGCUGUGUCCGCCACCAGCACCAUCAACCAAUACUUUGGCUCUGAUGUACUAUCCAAUGUGAGUGGAAUCAUAUAUAAUGAUGAGAUGGAUGACUUCAGCUCACCUCACAUUAUCAAUGGAUUUGGGAUCCCUCCUUCUCCAGCAAAUUUCAUAGCACCAGGUAAACAGCCACUGUCCUCCAUGUGCCCCUCCAUCUUGGUGGAUGAAACAAAAAAGGUCAGGAUGGUGGUUGGUGCUUCUGGAGGAGCAAAAAUAACCACAGCAACAGCACUGGCAAUCAUCAAUUCCAUCUGGUUUGGUUAUGAUGUGAAGAAAGCCGUGGAGGAGCCCAGAAUUCAUGAUCAGCUGAUUCCCAACAUCACGGAGCUUGAGGAGCAAAUAGAGAAGGGUGUAGAAGAACAGCUACAGAUGAGAAAGCACAAUACCACGCGGGUGAGCAACGGCAUUUCGGUUGUGCAAGCCAUUCUCAGAACAGAUGAUGGAUGGGCUGCAGCCUCUGAUUCCCGGAAAGGUGGCAUCCCUGCAGGCUACUGACCCAGCUCAGCUCUUCUUCAUCAGGACGCGAGUGACACUGAGAGCUGGGACUUCGGUUCUCAACAAUCACAACCCAAGUGCCUUGUGCCACAGCUGUGUGCUGAAACAAACAUCUCUACCGGGAUGCGACCGACUUGGAGAGUCUGUUCUGCCUUGAAGAGUUUGAUCCCUGCCUCAUCUCCAGCCCACGAAGUCAGAUUGGGUAUCCAGUUUUUGAAGAAGGUCAGGCUCCCCCGAGCUGGGGGAAGUGUUUCAGCUGGGAGGAAUGCCCUUGUCACAGCCAGAGAAGAGGUUUCCUUCUUGUUUGUGUAGACAAGAGUUACAGGACCCUGAGGAUAAACUGAUAGACCCGUGCCAUAGGAGGGAGCCUGGCUCCAAACUGGGAUAAACCUUCACAAACACCACUCUUUUAAAAGGAGAUGUUUUCUGCUUUUCACUUGAGCUGAUUGUUGGAGAUGAGUGGGGAACUGGGGAAUUGGCUUCAGCCUUUCUUAUGUUAUUGUUGAGAAGGUCUAAAGGGAAGAUGCUACCUGUAAAACUCUGGGCACAACUAAAACAAAUAAAUACAGUGUCACAUUUU